GCCCCCAGCACUGCACGCAUUUGCCUGAUUUUCUGCGUUCUGCCGUCCUUUUUAUCUCCCUAUUUCUUUGUAAUUUUCACUCGCCAUUGCUCUGGUUCUUCUCUCUCUCUCUCUCUCGCAGACUUGUUCUCUCGACUUGAGAAAGCGAAAGCGAAUCGACAGAGACUCUCGAGAAUCAAUCGAGAAAUGGCUCUGAGACUAUGUCAAUCCCCUAAGCUGCCGUCCUUUUCUCGACUCCAAUCGGGAAAUCUCAGAUCUCAGAGAGUUUCCAUGGCGUCUACUCUUAACUCGGCUCCUUGGAUGGUUGAAGAUCUACAAAAGCCUUUUAAUCCUCCCAAAGUGGUGCAUGUGCAAGUGACGCAUUCCAUGCCUCCACAGAAGAUUGAGAUCUUCAAAUCCUUGGAAGAUUGGGCCGAGGAGAACAUCUUAGUGCAUUUGAAGCCAGUGGAGAAAUGUUGGCAACCUAGCGAUUUUCUGCCAGACCCAGUCUUAGAAGGCUUUGAUGACCAAGUAAAAGAGCUGAGGGAAAGAUCAAAGGAAAUCCCGGAUGACUAUUUCAUUGUAUUGGCUGGAGAUAUGAUCACAGAAGAAGCAGUUCCAACUUAUCAAACUAUGCUCAACACUUUCGAUGGUGUUCGAGAUGAGACAGGUGCAAGCCCCACGUCUUGGGCUAUUUGGACCAGGGCAUGGACAGCUGAAGAAAAUAGACAUGGUGAUCUUCUUAACAAAUACCUUUACCUUUCUGGACGGGUUGACAUGAGGCAAAUUGAGAAAACAAUUCAGUACCUGAUAGGAUCUGGAAUGGAUCCACGGAUGGAGAACAGUCCCUAUCUAGGUUUCAUAUACACCUCGUUUCAAGAGAGGGCAACCUUCAUUUCCCAUGGAAACACUGCUAGGCUUGCCAAGGAGUAUGGAGACUUGAAACUGGCACAGAUAUGUGGUACAAUUGCAGCAGAUGAGAAGCGACAUGAAACUGCUUACACCAAGAUAGUUGAGAAGCUUUUCGAGAUAGACCCAGAUGCCACCAUGUUGGCCCUUGCUGACAUGAUGAGAAAGAAAAUCUCAAUGCCAGCCCACUUGAUGUACGAUGGUCAGGACAACAACCUUUUCGAACACUUCUCUGCUGUUGCACAGCGGCUUGGAGUCUACACCACCAAGGACUAUGCUGACAUUUUGGAAUUUUUAGUUGGAAGAUGGAACGUCGAGAAGUUGACAGGUCUUUCUGGCGAGGGCCGAAAAGCGCAAGAUUAUGUAUGCGGGUUGGCUCCGAGGAUUAGAAAAUUGGAGGAGCGAGCUCAGAGCAGAGCCAAGCCAGCAUCAACUGUUCCUUUCAGCUGGAUCUUUGGCAAGGAAAUUAAGCUCUGAAUGCUGCCGCAUGAAUGAGUAUGCAUGCAGCUACUGAAUCUUCAAUUACUACACAGCAUAAGAGUAACAUUAUUAUAUUGUAAUGAACUUAAUACUUUUAAAUGUACUUUUAAAUGUACGAGGAGAUGAGUCAAAAAGAAUGCUUGUAGAUACACUUUAAUAGCUCAUGUUGGUGGAAUGAGACUAGCUUUCUAUGUUUGUUUA